AUGGUGCCUGAUCAGAAUUGUGCCAGAUCAGAAUGGUGCCAGAUCAGAAUGGUGCCAGGUCAUAAUGGUGCCAAUUCAGAAUGGUACCAGAUCAUAAUGGUGCCAGGUCAGAAUGGUGCCAGAUCAGAACGGUGCCAGAUCAGAACGGAAACCUCGACGUACACCACAACUAUAACAUUUACAGUAACUGCUUUAGAUAACAUCCGGGAGCUUAUAUGUUAUUACCGGCUAGACAGUGACGAGAAAAGAACAACUUUUACCCCUUAUGUUAUACUGGUGCCCCUUGAUCCGGAACUAUCUGGCCUAACCUUGGUUGAACCAAAUACCGAAUACACCUGGACCUGCUUGUCUAAUGGAUCUAGCUAUAUCCCGCCUAAUGUGUUUCUUAGAAAUGGAAACGGAGACCUGAUAAGAAGCGAGAAGGUGACGAGGAUCAUCGAGGUACCUAACAAAAACAGCGUCCAUGUGGUGGUUUUAACGGCCAGGCUGUCCAUCCCAGCCACGGACCUAUCCUACGUGAUCCGGUGUCACGUGGUACACCAGUUCAUGUCUUACUCACAGAGUCGGUCAGCCGAGAUGAUUAUACAUUCAAAUGAUACAACCUCAGUAACCACAGAAGAGAGUAGCACACCAAGUAUGCCUACAACGGAAAUUCACGAGGAUACAACAACGACACACAUGGGACACAAUGUUUCGUCGACUACCAAUAUGCCAACGUCAAAUACAACGACAGUAGUUUUAAGAGAUGCUAGAAUAAACUCAGACGAGGUCAAUGUCCUUGCAUUGACCAUCAGCAUAGCCGUCAUUGUUUUUGUCUCACUCACAGUACUUAUAGUAGUCUUCAUAUGGAAGCUUAAAUGUAAGUAG